AUGGAAGGACACAGCAGCAGCAAACUACACCUGGGCUGGUAUGUCAGCAGCCACAGAGUGAGGCCUUGGGUGGGCUAUGGAGGGUGGAAGGACAGGACAGUGGGUGACUGCCUGCUAUGGCAGAGGGUCUCCCCAUACACUGAGCAGCAAGCAUCCCUUCUGGCAAACCCAAAGCUAAAUCUAUUAGUAUUCAAAGAACCAGAUAUUCUGAAUUAUUCAACUUUUCUGCUAGACGAAGACAAGAAAACGAUCUAUGUUGGAGCAAGGGAAGCAAUUUUGGAACUAGACAUAGAAAAUAUUACUUUAAAAAAGAAACAGGUAUUGUGGAAUGUACCGGAAUCAGUACAUAGUGACUGUGUAAGGAAAGACAAAUCUAGUGAGACUGAUUGUCGUAAUUACGUAAGGGUCCUUCAAAUGAUGAAUGCUAGCCACCUCUACGUGUGUGGGACGUACGCAUAUCGGCCAUCCUGCGAUUAUCUGUCAGUAAAUGACUUCAAAUUGAAAAAUAAUAUUGAAGAUGGAAAAGGGAAGUGCCCUUACAAUCCAUACAGCAGCUUUGCAUCUGUAAUGGUUGAUGGUGAACUUUACUCAGGAACAGAAUUCAACUUUUUAGGAGAUCACUAUGUCAUCUACAGAAGCAACUCCACAAAUAAAAUUACCACACACUAUGCACCAGCAUGGCUAAAAGAACCCAGGUUUGUGCAUGCGGAUGUAAUCAGAGAGAGUGUGAACAGUGAAAAUGGGGACGAUGAUAAGAUCUACUUCUUCUUCACUGAGGUGUCCGUGGAAUUAAAUGAAGACCUUGCCAGUUUUCUCAUUCCUAGAAUAGCUCGGGUUUGUAAGCCCUUCAUAACUUGGCUUCUCCCUAUCGCUCAGACCUUCUUUCCAAGUAUUCCACUGCCAGGCCGCUCAGAUCUUCUUCUGGUGGCACUACGUUCUGGCCCCGUAUGGAGUGAUGAUUGA